GCACGAGUCACAGGUUAGACACUUCCGCCCCCCUUAGCUCAUAACCACGCCCCUUCCGUCUUAUUGGCUGUUGGAUCUAAACAUAGUCAUGUGACGAGCAGUCCAACAGCCAGAACAGGAAGAGCACAUGAGCGGGUCCAGGAUGACAGCAACCCUCUUGUGUUUCCUUCUGGCCGGUCCAGUGCUGCUGGUUGCUGGCAGCCCAGUUCAGAACAAUGGGACUGUACCAGUGGUGCUGUGGCAUGGGAUGGGUGACAGCUGCUGUAACCCACUCAGCAUGGGAGCCAUAAAGAAGAUGAUCGAGGAGGAAGUCUCUGGCGUUUAUGUGCUCUCACUGAUGAUUGGAAAGAAUGUCAUUAAGGACACAGAAAAUGGCUUUUUCAUGGAUGUGAAUGAGCAGGUGUCCAUGGUGUGCAGUCAGCUGGCUCAGGACCCAAAGUUGAAGGGAGGAUACAAUGCUAUGGGCUUCUCCCAGGGGGGACAGUUCCUGAGGGCUGUGGCUCAGCGCUGUCCCUCUCCACCAAUGAAAAACCUCAUCUCCAUCGGUGGGCAGCACCAAGGAGUGUAUGGGCUGCCCAGGUGUCCCGGAGAGAGCUCCCACAUCUGUGACAUGAUCCGCAAAGCUCUGAACAGCGGCGCUUACACUGACUUUGUCCAAAAACACCUGGUGCAGGCGCAGUACUGGCACGACCCCUUAAAUGACGACCUGUACAAGAAGUACAGCCUCUUCCUGGCCGACAUCAAUCAGGAGAGGGCUAUAAAUGAGACGUAUAAGAAGAAUCUUCAGCUGCUGGAGAAUUUUGUCAUGGUCAAGUUCCUGCAGGACACUGUAGUGGAUCCUGUUGAUACAGAGUGGUUCGGCUUCCUGAAAACGGGCCAGGCCAAAGAGACGGAAACUCUGCAAGAGAGUGUUCUCUACAAGGAGGAUCGGCUGGGCCUGGCAGCCAUGGAAAAGGCUGGAAAGCUGGCUUUUCUCGCAUCUGAGGGAGACCAUCUUCAAUUCAGCAGAGAGUGGUUCAUCACACACCUGCUGCCUUAUUUACACUAGAUCACUUCCAGUCCAUUACCCAGAGUAAAUUUAUCAGGCUUCAACUGAAAUUGAAGAAAGUGUUUUUAGAGAAAUUUAAUGCAGGUAAGAAUAAACGCGCUAACUGGAGCUGGGCUGCAGCAUCAACGUUCAUUCCUUUUGCACUGAUCACCUGACUCAUGUUGAUGCUGCCCUGUGAUGCAUUGUUUAGCUUAUUUGAGAGUCUGCUUUUACUAAUGUUAGAUUACUUUUGCCGAUGUGAGCGAUUCUGAUGAGGUCAGCUUUUUUUAAGAAAUGUUUUAGACUUUUUUUCCCCCCCCCCCUAACAGACUUAUCAUUUCUCUGGAUCUGUACAUGUUUAAUCCAAUAAAGACAAACCAAAAGACA